CGCUCCCGUGAUGUCGGUGAAAGCCACCGAGGUGUUAGCGCCUCGCCCGCGAGACGGGGAAGCGGCCGACCCCAUGGAGGAGUUCGGCAGGAGACUGAACGAGAUUGUCAGCGCCAAGGCUCAGUUUCAGAUGGAGGCGGACGCGCACCGUGACAUCACGACCGGCGUCCAGUCAGAGGUUGCUUGUGUUGCAGACAGUCUGAGCGCUUUGUCAUCUUCUGAGGAAAAACUUGACCAUUUGAUGAGGAAACACGCCGAGCUGCUGCUGCGUGAGAGUGGCGAGCAGAGGGUGGUUCAAGGUCUACGUGACAACAUUUGCAUCCUGCAGGCAGAGCGAAGCCAAUUGGAAACUUUGUGCAGAGAUGUCCAAGACCACUACUUCUCACUGCGGGACGAAGCCCUGCGCCGCUGUCGUGAGGACGAGGAGAAGCGAUCGGAGAUGGCUGCUCACUUCCAGACGUCACUUACAGAAAUCCAAGCGCAGAUCCAGCAGCACAGCGCCAGAAAUGAAAAACUGUGCGAGGACAACGCCAAGCUGAGCCAAAAAAUGAACUCGCUGCUGGAACAGUGUCAGCGCAGAGAGGAGAGUUUAGAGAAGAUCAACCACCACCGCGACCUCCAACAGCAACUGACUUCGGCCAAGCUGGAUCAGGCCAACGCACUGCUGGCGGACGCGCAGGAGAAACACCAACGCGAGAAAGAAUACCUGCUGGCCGAAGCGGUGGACAAAACCCGGAAGUGCUUCGCCAUGAAGGAGGAGGAACUGAGCACGAAGAAGAAGUUGGCGCUCUACUCCAAAAGGUUUGAUGAGUUCCAGACCACAUUAUCCAAGAGCAAUGAAGUCUACGCUCGCUUCAAGCACGAGAUGGAAAAGAUGUCGGAGAAGAUGAAGAAGUUGGAGGAGGAGUCAAACGUUUGGAAGUCGAGGUUUGAGAAUUGCAACAAAGCUUUGACGGACUUGUUGGAGGAGAGGAGCGAGAAAGGCAAAGACUACGAGGUUUUCCUGGCGACCAUCCACAAGCUGGAGAAGUUGUGUCGAGCUCUUCAAGACGAGAGGAUACUUCUGUACGCUAAAAUCAAAGACGUCCGCCGGGACGAUGCAGAGACGGCGUCCUCGCGGGAAAUCCACGACAAUGUCUGCCCGGCCGAGGCCGAGCCGGCGUCCGCGCGGGAAAACCACGACAAUGACGACCGCGAGUGCCGCGCCGUGGAGACAGAGGAGAUGCGGCGGCUGAGAGCCGAGCAAGUCAAACUGCAAGAGUUUGCGGAGUCCUUGAAGGUGUCUAACGGCACCGAGCGGGAACAGGAAGUGGACCCCCUGGACGACCUGGAUGUCGAGCUGGUCCCGUUUGGACAUUUUGACAAAAGCCAGCCUCCGCCAGAGCAAAACUGCCAAUGGCAACCAGAAGCAGGAGUUAGACCAAAAGAGCAAGCACAAGCAGAAAUGACACCCCAACCUGACGUUCCACUGAAAGUAAAUCAAGAAACAGAACCAGAAGUGAAACCAGAAGCAAUAGUAAAACCAGAGCGAGGCGUAAAAGCAGAACUAGAAGAUGCGACGGAAGUGUAUCAAGAAAUAAAACCAGAGGUGAAAGCGGAACCAGACGUUCAACUGGAAGUAAAUCAAGAAACAGAGCCACAAGUGAUACCGGAGCAGCAGUCAACUUCAGAAGCUGAAUCAAAAGCAAAAAUGAAGCCAGGACCUGACACUUCAGAGGUCAUGACUGAGGUCAAAAUGUUGCCCUUGACAUGCGACCUCCAGCAUGUAGGAGCAGAGGCCCCGCCUGCCCAGGAGACCGCGCCGCACGCACUGGGACGCCCAAAGAAGGAGACAAAGAAGAACAAGAAAAAGAGAAACAGGAACCUUUGAGAAGCUUUGAGUCUGGCUGUGAGAGCGAGCGAGCGAGCGAGAGAAAGCGCGAGAGACGAGCGCGCGCGAGACGCUGCAACGUGUCCAAUUGUCCGUUAGAGAGCACUGUUGCACAAAAGGAGACACCACCGCCGGGAGAAGCCAAGGCCGUUCUUUCUUGGUGUCACUUUCAAACGUAAGCUCGUCGUGAGAAGCAACAAAACGUCAUCGCAAUAAAAUCUUUACUUUCUUUGA